AUGAAAUUAUCAUGUGUUUCUUCAGUCUGCAGAGAAGCUUCUGUCGCUGAUAUUGUGUUCAUGGUGGAUGGAUCAUGGAGUAUAGGACCAAAAAACUUCAGAAUCAUACAAGACUUUCUCUACACAUUGGUUAACAGUUUUGACAUUGGAAAAGACAAAAUUCAAGUUGGGAUGAUUCAGUAUAGUGAUAAUCCUCGCAAUGAGUUCUUGUUGAAUUUUUUCCAUCAGAAAAAGGACAUUUUAAAGAAAAUACGAAAUCUAAACUACAAAGGUGGGGGCACCAAAACUGGAAAAAGUUUGAAGUUUAUGCUAGAUGAGCAGUUCAGUGAAAUGGCUGGAAGUCGACACAGUGAAGGCAUUCCCCAAAUUGCAGUAGUGAUAACAGAUGGACAAAGUCAAGACAACUUUUCUGGGCCAGCAGAAGAAGUUAAGAAUGCAGGCAUCAUACUUUAUGCCAUAGGCAUCAAAGAUGCUAUUCUGUCUGAGCUUCAGGAAAUUGCUAGUGAUCCAGAUGAAAUGCAUGUUUAUGAUGUGGAGGAUUUUGCUGGCUUGCAAGGUAUCUCUCAGAACAUACUCCAAGUGUUAUGUACUACUGUUGAGGAAGCCUCUCAAGACUUUAUACAUAUUUCUCCAGUAUGCCGAAAAGUCACUGUUGCCGACAUUGUGUUUAUGGUAGACAGUUCGUCAAGCAUUGGUCUGGAGAAUUUUCAGAAGGUGAAAAGUUUCCUCUACACCCUGAUUUCCAGUCUUUUUGUUGGUCAUGACCGGGUCAGAAUUGGACUGAUCCAGUAUAGUGAUGAGAUUUUUCCCGAAUUUCAUCUAAAGCAAUAUUCUUUGAAAAAUGAUAUUCUAGAACAUAUAAAAAAAAUGACCUUACAGAAAGGAAGCACUUACACAGGUGCUGCUUUGGAUUUUAUCAAGGAUGAAUACUUCACUGAUUCUGCUGGGAGCAGAAUGCAAGAAAAUAUCCCCCAAGUACUGAUCCUACUCACAGAUGGGGAAUCACAUGAUGAAGUUAAAGUUCCAGCCCACAAAUUAAAAAAUGAAGGAAUUUUAAUUUAUGUAGUGGGGAUUGGGAUCCAUAACACCUCUGAGCUUAUGAAUAUUGCAAAUCAACCUUUUAAUAAGUUUCUGUUUAAUAUUGAUAAUUUUGACAUUCUUCAAGACCUUACCAACAGCCUUCUUGAAACAAUGUGUUUGGCUUUGGAGAGCCAGAUUAAAGUUUGCUCCACUGCCUCAGUGGCAGACAUUGUGUUUCUUGUGGAUGAAUCAACUCGCAUUGGUCAAAAGAAUUUUCAACUGAUCAGGACUUUCCUACUCAAAAUAAUCAAUGCUCUGGAAAUUGCCUCAGAUAAUGUACGAGUUGCCUUGGUACUUUACAGUGAUAAACCAAGAUUAGAGUUUAGCUUGAAUACAUUUGAAGACAAAUCAGAGGUUAUGAAUUAUCUAAAAAGAUUGCCUUAUCGUGGGGGGGAAACAUAUAUGGGUGCUGCUAUAGACUUCCUAAAGAAAAAAGUUUUCACCAAGAGAGCAGGAAGCAGGAAAAAUCAUGGAGUGCAGCAGUUGGCUGUAGUGAUCACAGAUGGUCAGUCUCUAGAUGAUUUCACUGUUCCUGCAUCUAAGCUUCGCCGGGCAGGUGUUACACUUUAUGUCGUGGGUAUCCAAAACAUUUCUGCGAGCAGCCAACUGUACAAAAUUGCUUCUCAUCCCCCAAGGAAACAUGUUACAACCAUGGAAUAUUUCUUGCAACUAUCAAACAUGGAAUAUGUUAUAAAAAAACAACUUUGUAAUGAAAUAGUUUCACAAACGUUUGCAAUUCCAGUGCAGUCUCGUGCCCUGAAGGAAGGCUGUGAAGAGACAGAGGAAGCAGAUAUUUAUUUCUUGAUUGAUGGUUCUGGCAGUAUCCAGACAGAAGAGUUCCUUGACAUGAAAAACUUUAUGAAAGAAGUGAUUAGCAUGUUCCAGAUUGGUCCCAAUCAAAUUCGUUUUGGGGUGGUUCAGUAUGCAAGUGAUCCCCAAAAAGAGUUUCUGAUUAAUGAGUACAAUACAUUGGCCCAAUUAAAAGAUGCAAUAAAAGUGAUCUGGCAGAUUGGUGGUGGCACUAAAACUGGAGAUGCUUUACGUUAUAUGAAGAAUUUGUUUAAAACUUCAGCGAGGGACAAUGUCCCCCAGUCUCUCAUUGUUAUUACAGAUGGUAAAUCCCAGGAUCAAGUAACCAUACCUGCAGAAGAGCUACGGAGUGCAGGGAUUAUUAUAUAUUCCAUAGGUGUCAAAGAUGCGGUAGAAAAAGAACUAAAAGAUAUAGCUGGGACCAAGGACAGGAUGUUUUUUGUGAAUGAUUUUGAUUCCCUGAAGCUUAUCAAACAUGAUAUUGCACGGGAUAUUUGUUCUCUUGAAGCCUGUAAAAAUUUGAAAGUGGACAUAAUUUUACUAAUUGAUACAUCAGAAAGUAUGGAUCAAUUUGAAUUUGAACAGAUUAAGGAUUUUGCUGAUUUAAUUGUAAACAAGUCAGAUAUUGGGGCUGAUAAGGUUCAGAUUGGCCUGCUCCACUUUGGCUUCAAUCCAGAAGAGGUUUUCCCACUGAACAAGUACAACAACAAGGCUGACAUGAGGAAAGCAAUAACUACAAUGAGGCAGGUUCAAGAAGGAGCCAGAAUUGGAAGAGCUCUAGAUUUUGCAUCCUCUUACUUUGACACAUCUGAGGGAGGGCGUUUGAAUGUAAAACAAUAUCUGAUAGUGGUGACAGAUGAGAAAUCUAGUGAUGAUGUGAGAAGAGCAGCCAGAGCACUCAGGAAGAAAGGUGUUGUCAUCUAUGCCGUUGGAAUACUGAAAGCAAACAACUCCGAGCUUUUAGACAUUGCUGGCACUCAGGAUAAAGUAUUUUCAGAGGAUUAUUUUGAAUCCCUCAUGUUCCUGGUGGAGCCAAUUCUAUUUCAGAUUUGCAACCCUGAGAAGAUAUGCAAGCAAACUGAAGUUGCUGACAUAAUCUUCGUAGUUCAUGGAUCUAGAGAGGUUACAGAUCUGCAAUUCAAGGGGAUUCAACGGCUUAUGGAAGCAAUUGUGAAUAACUCAGUUGUGGGCAAAGACAAUGCUCAGUUUGGAGCUGUUAUCUUUGGUACUCUACCGGAACAAAAAUUUCAACUAAAUACCUAUUCCACAAAAUCUCAACUCAGGGAAGCCAUUAAAAAACUAGUUCCUUUAAGAGGAUUAACUUAUACGACAAGAGCUUUGAAUUUUGCAAGGGAACUCUUUGGAAUUGCUUAUGGUGGACGGAUAUCACACUUAGGUAUCACAAAGAUCAUCGUUUUGAUCACAGAUGAACCAACAGCAUCCACAGAUAGACCUAAUCUCUCAGCAGCAGUUCAGGCUUUGAAGCAAGAAGGCAUUCAGGUCAUUGCUGUUGGGAUAGAGGAUGCUAGUAGAACAGAACUAGCAGAAAUAGUUGGUGAGAAGGGAAGAUGGUUUUUUACUUCCAGUUACAAUGCACUGGACAGUUUAUAUGAAAACAUAACUUAUCUUAUAUGUGAUGAAUCAAAAACAGUUUGUGAUGCUAAAGAAGCAGAUCUUGUGUUUCUGAUUGAUGGCUCAGACAGCAUUUCAGAAGAGAACUUUUCUACUAUGAAGACAGUCAUGAAAAAAGUAGUUGACAGUUUUAUCAUUGCAAAGGACAAAGUCCGGGUUGGGGUGGCUCAGUACAGCACUGAACCUAGGAAAGAAUUUUAUCUCAAUGAAUUUUUUAAUAAUAGUGCCAUAAAAAAGAAGAUUGAUAUAAUUGAUCAGUUAAAAGCUCGCACUUUCACAGGCACAGGGUUGAAAUUUGUCAGGAGCUUCUUUCAACCUGCCAAUGGUGGCCGCCAAUAUGAUAGGGUCAUGCAGUAUUUGAUUGUCAUCACUGAUGGGCAGUCUGAUGAUAAAGUGGAGGAUGCAGCCAUUGUUUUAAGGGAAAAUGGCAUCCACAUCUUUGUAAUAGGCAUUGGUACUUUAAAUUCUUUUGAGCUCCUGAAAAUUGCUGGCUUUUCUAACAGAGUAUAUGUGUUGGAGGACUUUCAACAACUGUCACAUAAUAUGAGGAAGAUUGUCCAAGAGAUCUGUAAUCCUGGUGAUAAACCCUAUCCCGAUUGUGAGAUAGAUAUUUCUAUAGGGGUGGAUAUUUCUGAGCCUGUGAGGUCUCCAUCUGCAAUCAGUUUGAAGCAAAUAAUACAAGCAUUCUUGCCCUGGAUCCUUCAACAAAUGAGUAUAGUAAACAAUAUCAGUUGUACUGCAAUAACUCCAGAUGACAUCAGAUUCAGAUACCAAGUGUACACAGGAAGCAGCUCAACUUUGUUUGACUCAGGUUUUGAAAGUUACAAUGAUGAAAUAUUUCAGAAAUUCUGGGCUGUACAAACAACUGUGGAAACUCAUUUGACAGUGGACUUCUUGCAGUCUUUCUGGGACAGAUUGAUUAGUGAGGAUUCUGCCAAUGUGAAGGCUCUUCUCAUAUUUUCCGAUGGACCCGAUGAUAGAAUAGAUAUGCUUAAAACUACAAUGGAUGGUCUCCAUGGAGAAGACAGCAGCCAGAAUGGGUUUGUUCUGUCCAGUAACCAAUUGGAUCGAGUCUAUACUUAUGAUGUCAUCAAGCCCUUGGUGACUCCUCCAAGUUUAGACUCAGUCCAACCUGGACUAGCUGUGAGAAUUGAUCUCUCCUCCAAAUUUGAACUUUCUAGCAUUAAUUGGUGA